AUGAAGAACACCACCACUCUCAAUUCUCAAAUGGGUAUUUGUGUCGGAAAGCCAGCCAAUGUUGCUCAUGCGUCUUCUGGUCAAUUUCUUGACGAUAUGAUCAAUAACAAGGUAAAAUCCAGCUCAAAAGAUUCCAAGAAUCAGACAAAAACAGUCACCUUCAACAAAGGUUCAAAAACACCCAGACACGAAAAUCUUCCUGUCCCCAUUAAUCUCAAAGCCUUUAGCUUGCAUGAUCUGAAAACCGCCACCAAAAACUUCCGACCAGAUAGCCUUCUGGGUGAGGGCGGUUUUGGUCAAGUUUUUAAAGGGUGGAUCGACGAGACCACCUUUGCUCCGGCCAAACCUGGCACCGGAUUAGUGGUGGCUGUGAAAAUACUCAAGGCUGAUAGUCGGCAAGGUCACCGGGAAUGGCUUACUGAGCUUGAAUAUAUGGGAAGGCUUCAUCAUAAAAAUCUGGUCAAACUCAUUGGGUAUUGUGAAGAAUGUGAAAACCGGCUUCUUGUGUAUGAGUACAUGCCUAAAGGAUGCUUAGAUAACCACUUGUUUAAAAAAAGUGUGCAACCGAUGCCGUGGGCCACACGGAUGCGGAUUGCCAUUGAUGUAGCAGAAGGGUUAGCUUUUUUGCAUAGUAAAGAACCGUGUAUCAUUUAUCGAGAUCUCAAGGCUUCUAACAUACUCCUAGAUACGGAGUUCAAUGCGAAGCUUUCUGAUUUUGGUUUAGCUAGGAAUGGUCCUGUAGGUGACAACACACAUGUUUCAACUAGGGUUGUUGGAACAAAUGGUUAUGCUGCACCUGAAUAUAUUGCAACAGGGCACUUGACUCAAAAAAACGACGUGUACAGUUGUGGUGUGGUUUUAUUAGAACUACUAUCAGGAAGACGAGCCAUAGCUGAAGAAAGAGCGGGUGGAGUCGAAGAGACAUUAGUCGAAUGGGUGAAACCGUUUCUAAGUGACACCAAACGGGUCCUAAGAAUCAUGGACACACGGUUAGGUGGUCAAUACUCAAAAAAGGGUGCACAAGCCGUGGCUGCACUCGCAUCAAAGUGUCUUCAUAAUGAUCAUAGGUUUAGACCACCUAUGGCUGAAGUUCUUGCUUCAUUACAAAAGAUUCAAAAUGUUCAAAAGGAGGUUGUUAGGGUUUCCCCUUGUAGGGAAGAAGGAAAGUUAGGGGGUUUUAAGGAGAUGAGUGGAGCUAUGAACUCAAGAUAGAAUGGUGUAGUUUUUUUGUUUGUUAGAAAGUUGGUAGAUAUAUGUAUGAUAGGUAGAAAGUUUAUUGCGUGGUGUACGACUUUUUAUGCAUGAUGUGCAACUUUUAGUGCGUGAUGUAGAAGUGAUUGUAGAUAGCAAGUGAAAACGAGGUCCUCGGUCAUUAUUAAGUGGUUGAAGCAAGUCGUUUUAAUAAACAAGGUCCUUGUUCA